AUGGAUGGCCCGUUGCACAAGGCCGUGGUGGACAAAAAGCCCGUCCCGGAGAUCGACUUCACCUUGCAUAUCAUGGAAGAUGGUUCCCAAGUGAGCACACAGGAGCGAGUAUGCAAGGAUGUUCAAGCUCCGGCCAUGCAGCUACCAACAGAUGAUCAAUUCUGGUCACCGACGGAUCGGUCGAAACCUAACUUGGCCUUUCUCAAAACGCAUUUCUAUCGAGAAGGGAGAUUGACGGAAGAACAAGCCAUGUGGAUCAUCACUGAAGGAACAAAGCUUUUGAAGGCGGAACCCAAUCUGCUGGAGAUGGAUGCUCCUAUUACCGUCUGUGGUGACGUUCAUGGGCAAUACUUCGACCUCAUGAAGCUAUUUGAGGUCGGAGGAGAUCCUGUAGAGACGAGAUAUCUCUUCUUGGGCGACUAUGUUGACCGAGGAUAUUUCAGUAUUGAGUGCGUCCUAUAUCUAUGGUCACUCAAGAUCUGGUACCCCGACACCCUCUGGCUUCUUCGUGGGAACCACGAAUGCCGGCACCUCACUGACUAUUUCACCUUCAAGCUCGAAUGCAAACACAAAUACUCGGAAAAAGUGUAUGAUGCGUGUAUGGAGUCUUUCUGCGCCUUGCCAUUGGCGGCUGUCAUGAACAAGCAAUUCUUGUGUAUACAUGGUGGGCUAAGUCCCGAAUUGCAUACGUUGGAAGACAUCAAAGGAAUUGACCGUUUCCGUGAACCUCCCACCCAUGGUCUCAUGUGCGAUAUUCUUUGGGCGGACCCGUUGGAAGAGUUUGGGCAAGAGAGGACUGGAGAAUAUUUUGUGCACAACCAUGUUAGAGGAUGCUCGUACUUUUUCUCCUACCCGGCCGCGUGCAACUUCUUGGAAAAGAACAACCUCCUCUCUAUCAUUCGAGCGCACGAAGCUCAAGAUGCUGGGUAUCGCAUGUAUCGCAAGACCCGGACGACAGGCUUCCCGAGUGUUAUGACGAUCUUCAGCGCGCCCAACUAUCUCGACGUCUACAACAACAAAGCGGCCGUGCUCAAAUACGAAAACAAUGUGAUGAACAUCCGACAAUUCAACUGCACUCCUCAUCCAUACUGGCUGCCCAACUUUAUGGAUGUGUUUACCUGGUCGCUGCCAUUUGUGUGGGAGAAGAUUACCGAUAUGCUGAUUGCGAUCCUCAAUACAUGUUCCAAAGAAGAGCUGGAAGAAGACACUCGAAGCUCGAGCAUGGGACCGGAGACGCCACCAUUUGCAGAUGCAGAAUCCACGGAAGCCAAGCGCCGAGCAAUCAAGAACAAGAUCCUUGCCGUUGGCCGACUCUCCAGAGUCUUCCAAGUGCUCCGGGAGGAGUCUGAACGUGUGACUGAGUUGAAGACACAAUCUGGAGGCCGACUUCCUGCAGGCACCUUGAUGCUGGGCGCGGAGGGGAUCAAGCAAGCCAUUCGCAAUUUCGAAGAUGCCCGCAAGGUCGAUCUUCAGAACGAACGGCUGCCACCAUCGCCCGAGGAAAUCGAAAAGCGCAGUGCGGAAGACCGACGAGCGGCACUCGAAAGAGCUGCCACUGAGGCAGAGAAUGACACGAAUUUACAAGGCGUGGCCCGUCGAAUCAGCUUUGGCUCAUCCAAUCCACGUGGUCAUCGCCGGAAGGAAUAA